GAUCCUGACCUGAACUAAAGCAGCAGGAACCAUCUGUAAAUGAUGAAGCACGUGUUCCUGACCGGCGUUCCCGGUGUGGGUAAGACCACUCUGGUGAAGAAGGUGUGUGAUGCCGUCGUCUCGGCCGGGGUCUCUAUCAGCGGUUUCUACACGGAGGAGGUCCGAGAGCGGGGCAGGAGAGUGGGCUUUGAUGUGGUCACACUCACAGGGGACAGAGGACGGCUGUCCAGGCUCAGCGCUCAAUCCGCCGCAGGUGGACGUGAAUGCAGGGUCGGACAGUACGUGGUCGAUCUCCAGUCAUUUGAGAGUCUCGCUCUUCCUCUUUUCAGAGAUAUGCGGGAGGGAAGCAAGAGGCUGUUUGUCAUCGAUGAGAUCGGAAAGAUGGAGCUGUUCAGCCAAGCGUUUAUCCGUGCGGUGAGACAGACGCUGGACGCCUCCAGCUGCUCCAUCCUGGGCACCAUCCCUGUUCCUAAAGGAAAACCUCUCGCGCUGGUGGAGGAAGUGCGCAGCCGACAGGACAUCAAGAUAUUUAUGAUCACGAAGGAAAACAGAGACUUGAUCUUUGAUGACAUUGUCUCAGCUGUACAAGAGUGCCUGAAGUAAAUGACGAGAGGCAUACGUUACUGAUAAUUUAUUUUUUCAUUUUUGUUUGCCAACAAGCCCUACAGGAGCUCCGUUCAUUCGUGCAGUGCAGCGUGUCCCACGAGUGUAAUGUAUGCGUGUGAUUAAGCAUCUCUCUCUCCAGCACGUCUGGUAAUGGACGGAGCUCUGCAUUAUUGAUUGGGUGCGAGCGUGAGAGACCGUCCUGGAGGAACGACUGAGAUGAACAGAGGUGAUGCCCUGCGAACACUCGUCAGCUCUUAAAUGUUUUCAAUGGGACAGAGAGGCCACUGAGGCGCCGACCUUUCCUCCUGAGCUUCCUGUAUGUACGUUUCCCAUUAAACAGGAAAAUAAAUUCAUAUUUGAGAGAACAACAAUGUCAGGAUUCCAGAUGUUUUAUUUAUUUUCACCAUAUGGAAACAUGUUCCUGAAUAUGUUUAAAAAUGAUACACUAUCUUUCACUUCUUGACAAAAAAGUACAAUAAAUGCGUAUUUAUAAGUUAUAUAUGUCAUUAUUUACUGAAUAUGCAUAAUAAAUGUAUGCAUAAUAAAUUUGAG